AUGAAUAUGAGCAACGGCUCUUCUGGUGUUAACGGUAGCACAAGUUCACCACCAAUACCAGUGCCAUCGCCACCGCCUAUCCAUAUACAGUGGCUAGUUAUUGGUAUUAUCACAGGCAUUACAAAUGCAAGCCUACUCCUUUUUAUCAUAUUUAAUCGAAAAUUACACAGUAUAACCAAUUUUAUUCUAUGUAGUAAAUUAGUCAUUGGAUUCUGUUUUGGUAUUAUUUACGUUAUACCACGGCAAGCAAUACCAUUUAUUAGUAGCGUUGCUAUUCUAUGCGAUUUUAUACCACAACUUGGAACUGGAUUGAUGAUUAACUUAAAUCUACAUGUCUGUUUGAUUAGUUUUCAUCGUUACUUCCUAAUUAUUAAUCCUUUCCGUUACAAGGAGCGUGCCACAUCUAGAAACGUCGUUAUAGUCCUUACUAGCACUUGGUUACUGUCUAUUUUUAUCGCAGCAAUUCCCUUAUUCACGUUUCGCCCUAUUCAUGGUAUCCAAUGUAUUACACUGGGAGAUAUUAAUGCCGAAACCGUUUAUCUAUCUUCUGUAUUUAUUAUACUGUUCCUUGUUCCCUUGGUUGUUUUAGUCGCAACUUAUGGUAAAAUUUUAGUGAUUGUCUUGACUCUUCACAAAAAUCAUGUCUAUCCUGCUGGAGAUAAAUCAGCAAAUAUCAGUAUAAAAACGAAUCGUAAAGCGUUAAUCCAAGCAGCUGUAAUGAUUGGUAUAUUUUUUUGUUUAUUUGUCCCUUUUGUUGUUGGUGUGAUUAUCUUUUUCUUUGCGCUAAGAGCUGGCAAAGUUGGUCCACUCGUUCCUGUACUUACGGCAACUCAAUACCCGGCAUUCUGCUACCCGGCCUUAAGUCCAAUUUUAAAUAUUCUGUUUAUGAGCGAUAUUCGCGUCGAAGUUGUAAACUUCGUAAGGGCUAGUUAUUCGAAUAUUUCUGGUGAUAAUAAUAGCUAUACGUACGAAUCAUCACAAGCUCAACGCCGUCGAAAAACUCUAACUUCGAAUUUUUGA